AUGGUACCUCCUACAUCUGAUGAAUAUAAAUCCAUAUUGAACAAAUUUGAUCAAGCCAUGAGAGGACAUUACAAUCAAAUCGUACAUAUACAACGAGUUCAAAAUGAACGAUGGUACAUGCAAUAUUUAGCUCAUAGUCGAGAUUUUCAAAAUCGUCUUCAUGCCGAUACCGAGCAACGAUUAUAUCAUGGAUGUCCAGAGUUAGCAGCCCAUUCAAUUAGCGAAAGUUGUUUCAACAGAAGUUAUGCCGGUAUCAACGGUAUUGCAUUGGGUGCCGGUGUUUAUUUUUCAUCGGAGGCAACUUAUAGUCAUGGAUAUACUAGACCGAAUGCAAAUGGAGAACGUUGCAUGUUCAUAGCUCGUGUUUUAGUAGGAAAAACUACUGGCGGUAAUUCUUCUAUGAAAACCCCACCUCCUGGAUUUGAUUCCACUUCGUCAGGUUCUGCUUUCGUUAUUUAUCAUGAUGCUCAAGCCUAUGCUGAACACUUAAUUACAUACAAAUAG